AGAGAUACGACUGCAGAGAACACUGGGAAAAUCCAAUACACCCUCAUACACUCACCCAGGGAACAGCAGCAGUCUAUCUGUGUCCCUCUCUUCUGAGUCUAACACCUCCCCACAUCUAUCAUUCACACCCUGGAUCUUCUUCUCUUGCAGCUUCUUUAAUAGUGACGGAUAGAAACCAGGAUCAUCCAGCCAUCUGUGUUUCUUGACACUCAAGCUGGAGAAGAGAAGGUGGAAGAUGGUGCAAGCAAGGCCAAGACGGACCCUGCGAUGGCCGGACUGGCAGCUGUCUGUUUGCGUGCUGCUUUUGUGUAUGUUUGGGAUGGCGGUGGGCCACAGAGCUCCCAAAACCCCACGAUGUCCAGCCACCUGCUCCUGCACUAAAGACAGUGCCUUCUGUGUGGACACCAAGGCCAUUCCCAAGAGCUUCCCACCAGGAAUUAUCUCCCUGACUAUGGUGAACGCUGCUUUCACAGAGAUUCCUGAAGGAGCUUUUUCCCACAUGCUCCUACUGCAGUUCCUGCUGUUGAACUCAAACACAUUCUCUCUGAUUUCUGAUGAUGCUUUUGCUGGUCUUGGACAUCUGCAGUACCUAUUUAUUGAGAACAACAACAUCCAAGCCCUGUCAAAGCACACUUUCAGAGGACUGAAGUCUCUGACACAUCUGUCUCUGUCCAACAACAACCUGCAGGUUCUUCCCAGAGAUCUCUUCAAGCACCUGGACAUCCUCACUGACCUAGACCUGCGAGGGAACUCGUUCCGUUGUGACUGUAAGAUCAAAUGGAUGGUUGACUGGAUGGAGAAGACCAACACCUCGGUUCCCGCCAUAUACUGCGACAGUCCUUUUGAGUUCCAGGGCCGACGCAUCCAUGACCUCACACCACGUGACUUCAACUGCCUCAGCGCAGAUUUUGCUGUAUAUGAGUCAUACUCGUUCCAGUCUCUAUCUGUGGAGUCAUACGUGUUUAACGAUGACCAGUACAUAGUUUUCGCUCAGCCCAACACUGGAAUCUGCACUGUGUUCAUUUGGGAUCAUGUGAACAUGCUUUUCAAGACACAUUACAACAUCACAUCUCGAUCUGCUGUGUAUUGUAAACCUGUGGUUUUCAACAACACUCUCUACAUGGUUUUGGCUCAGCUCUUUGGAGGAUCACACAUCUACAAAUGGGAGGAAGGUCCAAUGCGUUUCGUCAAAAUCCAGGACAUCGACACCACCCGUGUCCGUAAACCCAACUUCAUUGAGACUUUCCAGAUCGAAGGAGAUUGGUAUUUCGCAGUAGUUGACAGCUCUAAAGCGGGAUCCACCAGUCUGUACCGCUGGAACAGUAAUGGCUUUUACUCACACCAGUCCCUCCAUCCCUGGCACAGAGACACUCACAUCGACUUCCUAGAGGUGGACGGCAAACCUCGUCUCAUACUCUCUAGCACCUCGCAGCCCCCGGUGGUGUAUCAGUGGAACCGCAGCCAACGCCAGUUUACCUACCACUCUCAGAUCACCGAAUCAGGCGAUGUGCAGAUGGUGAAGCACUUCUGGGUACGAAAAGUGCUGUAUCUCUGCCUCACACGCUUCAUAGGAGACUCGAAGAUCCUGCGGUGGGACAGCCAACGCCUUGUAGAGAUCCAAACCCUGCCGUCACGGGGCUCAAUGGCAGUGUAUCCGUUCAACGUUGGAGUGAGGCAGUACCUUCUGCUGGGAAGCGAUUAUUCAUUCUCUCGAAUCUAUCUGUGGGACGAGCUCACUCAAAGAUUCCAGCCCUUCCAGGAACUCAACAUGCUCGCGCCUCGAGGCUUCAGCCUGGUCUCUGUUGACAAUAAGGAUAUUCUGUUAGCGGCCAGUUUUAAAGGAAAGACCAUGGCCUACCAGCAUCUAGUGGUGGACCUCAGUGCCAAAUAG